AUGUUGCGUUGUAAAAUUUGCGCUUUUGAAGCCCCAAAGGUAAUUGCAAAGCAAAAGCAGCGGGUAGAAGAGAUUUUGAGGAAGCAUAUACGCUUGCAGCAUAGUGAUAUAUUCCCAGCUACUAACUCCUUUGCUCAGGGAAAAUUCUUCGUCGAAAAUAUCAUCUACGACGGCAACGAAUCGGCGAUAAGUCAAGUUCAGAAGUCAGCUCCAACGGAAGAGGUCCCGAAAAACGUUCAAUUUGCGAAGCCUUCUGGUCUGCGAAAAUCAACGAGAACCGUCAGCACAGGAGAUGAGCCGAUGACAAAAGACCUCGGCGCAAGAAAGAAGACGGUCGAUAAAGACACCAUGAUUCAAUGCAAAAUUUGCACCUUCGUUGCACCCAUAGUGACUGGAAGAGGACAAAGACCGGAAAUAUAUGAAGCCAAUGUUAGACGCCACAUACGGGAGGUGCACGCUAAACUGCUCCCAAGAAGCAACAAAGAUAUUGGAAUAUUUUUAAGCAAGAAUAUCCGCUACUUACGAGGAGACGGGGCAGCCCACGCAGCUCCAGCGAUAUUGAGCCAGAUAAAGAAAGAGCCCGAAAUUACUAUCGAGGAGCUAUCGCCUGAAGAGUCUUAUCCUGAAGAGUUUUCAGAAGAAGAAGAGGACGAAGAUGCUGAGCGAAGAAUGAGCGCGAUGGAUACUGAAAACUGGGAAGAGAAUAAAGAGAACAUGAGCGAAGAGUCAAGAGCGAGAGAGAAUCAUUGCGAAGAAACUGAAAGAACGAACGAAGGCAGUGCCAAAGAGCAACAGAAAGAAAAAGAGCAAGCAGCGGAGAAUAAAGAAGAGGAAAGUGAAGAAGAGCGCUUGCGUGAAAUGUCCCGACAGGUGGACAUUUUCAGUGGCUACAUGAUCCAGUUGCCGCAGGAACGAGUCGGAAAUGAAAAAAUAGACAAAAAGCACCUUGGCAAAUAUGGCGAUUACUCGCGUCUGAUUCCUCUGGAGAAUCAACAAGGAACAUUUGAAGAAUGUCCACGAGAGAUGUUCGUUCUUCCCGAUAGCAGCAGAAAAUGGAAACCCGUCAAUCUCUGCGAUGAGGAGAUCGGCGAGACAAAGUGUUUCCGCUACCUGACGCCUCAUGGCAACAUCUCCGAUCCUUACUAUGGCCGUCUUGUCUACCUGCACGACACUCCCUUCACCAAGCGCACGGUUCGCGACGCGGAGGUGCCAGACAACGAGCUCUUCUGGUACCUUUUUGCUACAAACAUGAUCCAAACAUGUCAAAAGAAGAGUACAUAA